CUGAAAGACCAAAUACAACGGGAUGGAUUUCUGCACGACGUGAACGCAGGAGAGGAGCAGCUGCCUCACACAUAAAAAGCCAGGAUGUCAGGGAUGGACAUCCCACUGGUGGACCACAAUGAGACUGGAAACUCUCCAAUUGACAAUGGGACCUUCCUUCGUUUCUUCCCAACCUCUGCUUCAACAUCGGCGGCCGCCUCAUCACCAGGACGGCAGGGAAAUGUUUAUGUUUACGUAUGGCUCUUCCUCAGUCUGCUGGCAUUCCUGCUGACACUGCUCAUCAUCUCCCUCCACAGGCUGAAGAACAUCAUCUCAUCCUCUUCCUCAGUCCCUGACUGCAGCAGUGAAGGAGGGAGCUCUUUCACCAACAUGGAGAUCUGUAGCAUCUCGUCUCAGAGGUCCACCAUCUCCUCACUGUCCACCUGAGGGAUGGAGACACAUACACACAUACAGUACGAGUCAAAGGUUUGGACACACGUUCUAAGUUAAAGGAAUGUGUAUCCAAACUUUUGACUGUA